CCUCCCUCAUGUUAAUGUGGUGACACAGAAGAUUCAGGCUCAUUCCCAAACUGCACAGAGAUCAGAGACACAGCCUGAGAACAAGAUGCCUUCUACUCCUCUGCUUCCAUGAAACACAGACUACUCCUCUCUGUUUAAAGACGCAGCUCGAGCAAAGAUUCCAGUGAAACAUCUCCCGUGUGAACAUGAGUUAUACCAAAGUUCUCCACGCCUUGGGAGGUCACCCCCCCGCCGCUGUAAUGCCCGUUGACCUCGCCAGGUACCUGAGCCUCAGCCGGCGCCAGCCUCUCCAGCCCCUGGUGCCCUCCACUCCUCUGAAACCAGCCCAGCGUUAUUCUCAUCCGACUGACUGUCCGCCCAAGACUGGGCUCCACUCCCCUCAUCACUCGUCAUCCUCCUCUUCAUCCUCAGUGCUGCCCUCCUCCUCGGAGCCUCGGAGCUGUUUCCGCAGGGACAGCGGCGGUGGGAACAAGAAGCGCCGCGUGGUGUUUGCGGAUGCGUUGGGGCUGGCGCUCACCGCUGUGCGGCUCUUCAUCCCGGAGCCCUCGGCUGCUGCUCCGGCCCUGCUGAUGAAACCCACUCUGGCCAAACUGCAAGGCCAAGAGCCCGCCUCGAGCAAACUGGAGCGCCACAGGUUCCGCCCUGGUUUCCCGCAGCCGAUGCAGGACUUUAAAAACUUCCUGGCACGACUGAGGGAGACGCACGUGCAGCUGGGAAGCUGCAGCAUUGCGGAUCACUCCCUGAGAGGGAAAGUGUGCGUCUCACACGACAGUAACGAGAAGGCCGUGAACAUAAAGGUGACCUUUGACUCUUGGAGGAGCCAUCACGACAUCCCGUGCACGUUCCUGCAGCAGCAGCGCUUUGGCAGCUCGGAUAUGAGCGUUUUCACUUUUGACCUGAGCUUACCCCAGAACAUUGAUCCGAAGGAGAAAAUCGAGUUUUGCGUGUACUUCCGUCCAGGAGCUGGCACGACGGCCCACUGGGAUGACAACAGGGGGCAGAACUAUAGGCUGUGCGUGGAGAAAGAUGCACCGAACACAAACCAGGGGGACCUUAACCGGUUUUACCCAACACUGUCCAAACAACGGCCACCGACUUGGCCUUCACGUGAGCAGACCUCUGCUGAUCUGCAGCAUCUUCACAGGACUUUGUCAAGCCGAGUCAGAGAAGAGUGGAAAACCCUUGUGCUCAGCUGAGUACACCAGUGAAAACUAGUCUGCAAAAAAUUUAAUGUAUUAAAAUAAAGUAUAUGUAAAAGCAAAGAAAGGCUUUUAAGAAUGUAUGGACUUUCUCAAAUGUCAAAGCAAGGCUCAGACAACCUGAGCCGGACCCUGUUGAAAUGUGAAUAUGUUAAAGUUCUUAUUAAAAUCAACUUUCUUAAAAACGAAAA